CCUCCAGCCUUAGGAGAGUCGCAGAGAGCACUGACACAGGGUACCCCCUCCCGGCGUUCCCUUACGGUAACCCCCCCCCGGGGGGUGUCGGCCGGACCCCUUUCUCUAAUUGUCUCCGUGUUCCUGUAUGGAGGAACGUCUAGCUCGUUCAGGCCUAUCUCGUCACGUGACUCACCCUCUCCCGAAGCGGCUGCUGCGUCCCUGUGUCCUCAGGCCAGCUCUUCUGAAGGCUUAAGAGUGCCCUGCUAACGAAGGCCCAGCAUGGAGUUGGAGAGGAUCGUCGGCUCAGCCCUCCUCACCUUCGUUCAGGCACACCUACCAGAGGCAGACCUCAGUGGUUUGGAUGAAGUCAUCUUCUCCUAUGUGCUUGGGGUCCUGGAGGACCUGGGCCCCUCAGGGCCAUCAGAGGAGAACUUUGAUAUGGAGGCCUUCACUGAAAUGAUGGAGGCUUAUGUGCCUGGCUUUGCCCACAUCCCCAGGGGUAUAAUAGGAGACAUGAUGCAGAAGCUCUCGGUGCAGCUGAGCGAUGCUAGGAACAAAGAGAACCUGCACCCACAGAGCUCCUGUGUCCAAGGUCAGGUGCCCAUUUUUCCAGAGACCCUGAGGCAACCUGAAAAGCUCAAAGAAGAGAGCAGGCCUCCUGCUGCUCCUGGGAACACCCUAGAUGAGGCAGCUGCUGCAGAGGAAGAACUGCCAGGAGUCGAUGUGCUCCUGGAGGUCUUCCCUACCUGUUCUAUGGAGCAGGCCCAGUGGGUGCUGGCCAAAGCUCGGGGGGACUUGGAGGAAGCUGUGCACAUGCUGGUAGAGGGCAAGGAAGAGGGGCCUCCAGGCUGGGACGGCCCAAGUCAGGACUUGCCCAGGCGCCUCAGAGGCCCUCAGAAGGAUGACUUGAAGCCUUUCAUCCUUCAGAAGUACAUGAUGGUGGACAGGGCAGAGGACCAGAAAACUCACCGACCUGUGGCUCCCAAGGAGGCCCCCAAGAAGCUGAUCCGGUACAUCGACAACCAAGUAGUGAGCACCAAAGGAGAGCGAUUCAAAGAUAUCCGGAGCCCCGAGGCCGACGAGAUGAAGGCCACAUACAUCAACCUCAAGCCGGCCAGGAAGUACCGCUUCCACUGAGGUGGUGCUGGACUCUGCCGGCCGGGCACUGCUGAUCCCAGAGGGAUGCAGACACCUUCCCAUCUACCAUGUCCCUUCUCCGGGCUCUUGCUCUAGUGUUUUAUUCUUGGGGCUUCCUUCAAGGGCACAGUAAAAGUGGUCCAAGGAAGGU